AUGCAGGUCGUCAUCAUCGGGGGCGGUAUCUCGGGCAUCGCCACCGCGAUCCGGCUCCGGGAGUUUCUUGGCACAAAGGUCGACAUAACGAUUCUAGAGAAGAAAGGAGCACCCGGUGGCGUGUGGCGCGACUCGCUGUGGCCCGGCGCAGGCGUCGAUGUCCCGAUCCACCUCUACUCGCUCUACUCGGAUCUGUCACCAGAUUGGAGUGAGGUGUUUGCAAGCCAGCCCGAAGUCCUCGCGUACUGGAACGGUCUGAUCGAGAAGCACAAACUCGAAGACUGCUUCCGGUUCAACUCUGAGUUUUUGGGGUCGGCAUGGCAGGAGGGUCUUCAACGCCACGCUGUCCGCGUCCGCAACCCUCUGACGGGUUCUGAGCAGGUGCUGCAAGCAAACAUUCUUGUAUCCGCAGCAGGACCACUGGCGGCGCCUCGACUGCCAAAGAUUCCUGGAGUAGAGACAUUCAAGGGUGACUGGUUCCACAACCUGCAAUGGAACCCAGCUGUCGAGCUGAAGGGGAAAAGGAUCGCCGUCAUCGGCAACGGGUCCUCGGGAAUUCAGCUGAUCGACAAGGAGUGGGCCGCCCGAACGCUUGCGGCCGGCAAAGGGCGUAGGGAGGAGGAAGCCAGACUGCUGACGUACCUCCGUGAAACGGCACCUGAGAAGUACCUCCCGGCCUUGACUCCAAACUAUCCGCUGGGAACGAAGCGCACCGCUCUUGAUCUGGGUUGGCUUGCGUCCUUGCACCGAGAGAACGUCGAGCUCGUCAACACGCCGAUCACACAUGUCCGACCGGAAGGGAUCGAGACCGCAGACGGACAGCUGCGGGAGCAUGAUGUGAUCAUCUACGCGACCGGCGCCGACGUUGCAUGGGAAGGUGUCGGCGUGAACCGGCAGGUAUUCGGAGAAGAUGGUCAGGAGUUGAGGGCGUAUUGGGAGAGCUUAGGCGGUCCGCAGGCCUAUGCCGGACUGGCUGUACCACAUUCGCGCACAAUAGCGAAGAUCGUCAAGGCCCCGCGUACCGCCCCCUUCGCAGAGCAGAACGCACGCAUCCAAGAGGCACUCCGCACCUCUGCCGCGGCGAGCACGGCCACUAACAACUGGUGGCGCACAGAUACUGGGCGGAUCACGGUUGUUAACCCACUUAGGGGACGGGAACUCCGCCGGAGCGCUGCACACCAACCCAGAUGGGCAGAUUGGAAGGCCACGAGAGGGGGCGAGGUGAUCGACGUUGCAGCUAUCGAGAGGGAGAGGCAGAGAAAGGUCGCAGGGAUAGUACUGGUUGUACUGGUAGCGCUGUGGCUCCUGUUCUUGGUUGCUGUGUAA